AUUCGUUAUUUGGACCUCGCGUUGCUUGGACGUUGAAGUUUUUGUUUGGCGCGUUGGAAGACAUUAAUAAACAAGCCAAUAUAAAGGAAACGAUAGCCAUAAUUAACUGACAAGGAUUUAAAAACGGGCGUUGGGCAUUGCGCAUACGCAGCGUAUUACGGGCAAAACAAUUCAUAGAGAAAAGGAUUCAACGAGUGUCUGCCACAAUCCAUGUUCAAAGCCUGAACGCAUCCCACACCCACACAGACAGCGACCAGCUCCCAUCCACAACGAGAGAGAUGAAGGAAACCAAACUGAUGCAGGAUCAAGGAGAGACCUCUGUGAUGGGGCUGCCCGAGUCGCUGCUGAAGAUCGCCAAGCGGGAGCUGCGCGAGGACAGAUGCACGAGGGAACAGAGCCUGGAGCAGCUCAGGAAUUGGGUCAUGAAGAACGAGGACCUGCAGAAUGUGCGCUGUGACGAUACGUUCCUGCUGCGCUUUCUGCGCGCCAAGAAAUUCAGCGUGCCGAUGGCGGAGCAGACAAUGCUCAAGUACCUCAAUAUCAGACGCACCUUCCCGCACAUGAGCACGCAGCUGGACUAUCUGGAGCCGCGAUUGGGGGAUCUCAUCGACCAGGGGUACAUAUUCGCUGUGCCGCAGCGGGACAAGCACGGCCGGCGGGUGGUGAUCAUCAAUGCCAAAGGACUGAAUCCAAAGGUGCACACAGCUGCCGACCAGGCGAAGGCCCACUUCCUGACCUACGAGUGCCUGAUGGAGGACCAGGAGACACAGAUCACAGGGCUGUCGCAUGUGGGCGACUUCUCGGGCGUCUCCACGGCGCAUGUGACCAACUGGAAUCCCACGGAAUUUGCACGCAUCUUCAAGUGGGGAGAGCAGUCGCUGCCGAUGCGCCACAAGGAGAUCCACCUGAUCAAUGUGCCCUCCACGCUGAAGUGGCUCAUAGAUUUCGUGAAGAAUCGCGUCAGCUCCAAGAUGAAAAACCGCCUCAUCAUCUACGGCAGCGAGAAGGAGCUGAUGAAGGCCGUCGAUGCCGGCUGCCUGCCCCUGGAGAUGGGCGGCACAAUGCCGAUGCGUGAGAUGAUCGGUCUGUGGAAACAGGAGCUGGCCGCCAAGCGGGACCUGGUGCUGGGCCUGGACAAGUGCAUCCUGCUCUCGGAUCGCGGCAUUCAGCGGCGCAGCAGCUUCAACUCCGAGAAGACCGGCGCCGGGCCGAAUUUCGUGUCACAGAUCGAGUCCAUCGAGGGCAGCUUUCGGAAGCUGGAGUUUGACUAGCUCAUAGGUCCACCUCGGGGUGGGGGGUGGCACCACCCACCCUAGUUCUAGUUUUAGUUGCUAGUCUUAGGCAUCAUCCGUUCACGCAGCGCAUCGCUUUGCCGGUCCCUCGGGAGAUAGACCUCCAGAGGACCUCCGCUUCGCUUUUCGGUGGCACCCCGCUUUACUCAUCUUGCUUCCUGCUUCUUUUGUAAACUAGUAUUUGUCUCUUUGGCGUACAAUAAACGAGAGGAAUCACUUGGAACUAUGUCUGACUCC